GCUCAACUUGAUUCGAAAAGCCUUACAUGACAAGCGAGGGAGGGUCGCUCUAUGUUGAAACAUUUUCUCACCAUACACAUAUCCAAUUGAAGACCAGACAUUGUUAUAAGGUCCAGCACUGAGAGGAGGUGAUGGGGAAUGAAAAAUUACCAUGGCGUUUUCUUAUUCAUUGCAUUUGGCUUGGAGUGUGGGGAGUUGAUACCUCGUCAUGGACUGCUGAGGUGCCCAACUCAGUCUCCGGCCUGCAGGGCUCAUGCAUCGUGAUUCCCUGCUCAUUCAACUACCCAGAACCAAAGAUAAAGCCCUCUGAAUUCACUGGCAUCUGGUUCAAAGACACUUAUGAGGUUAUCUACCACCCAGACAGCUCCAACGCCAUCACAGACUACAGGCAUCGUACAGAGCUGGUGGGAGACCUCKMYCAGAAGAACUGCUCUCUCAGAAUCGACCCCCUCCAUCUCAGUGACGAAGGACCRUUUACUUUCAGGAUUGAAAUCAAAAACUAUAACAAGGCUUCAUACAAAGAUGACAGAGUCUCCAUUGCAGUGAGCAGCUCUCCAGACCCCCCCUCUCUGUCAGUGAUGGAGGAGGUGAAGGUGGGGGAGGAGGUAUCUGCCUCCUGCUCUGUGUCUCACUCCUGCCCAUCUGAUCCCCCUCGCAUCACCUGGAGCCACUCUGGAACACCCAGCAUCCAAUCACAGCAGCAGACCAAGGGCCAGUGGGAAGAGACAUCAACCAUGACCUUUAGAUCCAGCAUCGCUGAUAACAACCAGCCUSUGGUCUGCACAGCAGCAUACAGGGGAGGGAUGACAGUGAGCAGCUCCAAGACGCUAAAUGUCAAAUAUGCCCCAGUGGAUGUGAAGGUUAAGGGAGUGUCCAGUGUGAAGGAGGGAGACUCUGUAGAACUGAGAUGCUCCAGUGACAGUAACCCUGCUGCKCACAGCUACCGCUGGCACAACAGCAGAGGGCSUCUGCCCACCACUGGACCCACACUCACACUGGAGAAUGUGACCAGACUCACUGAAGCCCUCUACUGCACUGCRAUCAACACAGAAGGUCAAGMCCCCUCCAGCCCUUUGAAGCUCAACAUAGAGUACCCCCCUGAGAUCAAAGUGGACUCAGCCUGCACUUCAGACAUCUCUAUGGUAACAUGUCUGUGCAUUGUGGAUUCAGAGCCCCCCAGCACUGUGGAGUGGUCUCUUCCAGCAGGACACCUGRCCAGUACCAGGGUGGAGAUGCAUGGGUCAGUUACCAUGGUGACCCUACAGAGGGCACUAGGCUUCUCAGAGACCGUCCACUGCCAUGCCAACAACACACAGGGCAAUGCCACCUUGUCCUUCACUGUGCCCACAAAUGAUAAGAUGUUCCUGCUGUACGUUUCAAUUGGUAUUACUGCAUUUGUGGUGGUAGUAAUAGUAAUUCCCAUGUCAGCUUGCCUAUUGACUAAGAAGUGUGGGACGAGUCAUAGUGACCAACCAGUAGCCAGUAUGCAGGAUAUGGAUGCAUCCAAGUCUGCUUCCUCAGAUCCCUCAACAUCAAGGAAAGAGCAGAAAGACACCAGCAGUGAAACCCACGCAAACUACUACACCGAUCAGCUAUCUGGCAACAUGGAGGCUGAAGAGGAUGGCGACCCAUACGAAUGUGUCGGUGAAGACGAUGCAAUCUAUGGUAACAUUUGAACACAACAGGAAGCAUGRGGGAGUCAGCUGGCUCAGAGGCCAUUGUACUCAGUCUGUCAAAGGUUCCAGUAAAAUAUUUACAUUUUAACCCAAUGUWGCACAGCAGCCGACUGCUUAUUUGUUAGCUUUAUUGUUCUUAUGGCUAAAGAAUAUAGUACAUUCUUAUUUGUGUUGUGGCUUGUGUUAUGGCUUUCACAAGGCUUUUGUUUGUAUCUAUAGUGUCACGUUCCUGACCUGUUUUCCUUUGUUUUYUAUUUGUUUAGUAUGGUCAGGGCGUGAGUUGGGGUGGGCAUU